CAAAAGAAAGCAGUAGGUGGAAAUCUGGUGUGGCCUGUGGCCUUGGUCCCGCUGAGAUGCUUCAAAGCCUUAUUAAGAAUGUCUGGGUCCCCAUGAAACCCUACUAUACCCAGGUUUACCAGGAAAUUUGGGUAGGAAUGGGGUUGAUGACCUUCAUCCUUUAUAAAAUCAGGAGUGCUGAUAAAAGAAGUAAAGCUUUGAAAGGCUCCAGUCCUGCACCUGCCCAUGGUCAUCACUAACUGCUCCGAGUCCACUCAAGAUGAAUCCUGUCGGCUAAACUUAAGCAAGCUGUGUUAGAUGGGAACAUGGAACAUCGCUGUACACUUCCCUAAGUACCAUUUACAAUGUGGCAUUAAUAAAUGUGUCUGAUCAGCC